AUGUCACACUCGCACGAUCACUCGCACGAUGCGACCAACCACGGUCACACCCACGAGAUACUCGAUGGGCCGGGCUCGUACAUCAGUCGUGAGCAGCCGCUAAUAGAGAACCGCGACUGGAAUGACAGAGCCUUUACCAUUGGAAUUGGCGGGCCAGUGGGAUCGGGAAAGACUGCUCUGAUGCUGGCGCUAUGCAUGGCCUUACGUGACGAAUACAAUAUUGCUGCUGUCACGAAUGACAUUUUUACUCGAGAAGAUGCAGAAUUCCUCACCCGCAACAAAGCUCUCUCCCCGUCCCGUAUCCGUGCCAUCGAGACAGGCGGAUGUCCGCAUGCCGCCGUCCGCGAAGAUAUAAGCGCCAACCUCCUCGCUCUCCAACAGCUACAACGCAAGUUCAAGACGGAUCUACUCCUCAUCGAGUCCGGCGGAGACAAUCUCGCGGCAAACUACUCUCGUGAACUCGCUGAUUUCAUCAUUUACGUUAUUGACGUUGCUGGCGGCGAUAAGGUGCCUCGUAAGGGCGGACCAGGGAUCACAGGCAGUGAUCUGUUGGUCGUUAACAAGAUUGAUCUUGCAGAGGCCGUGGGUGCUGAUCUGGGUGUUAUGGAGAGAGAUGCGGCGAAGAUGAGAGAUGGUGGUCCUACGGUCUUCGCUGUGGUCAAGCAGGGUCAGGGAGUGGAGCAUAUCGUCAAUCUGAUCCUGAGCGCCUGGAAGAGCAGCGGGGCUUACGACGUUAGCCUGGAGAGAUGGAAGAAUGGCUCUCCAAAGAACUCUGGGUCCGUAGAUGAGUGA